GUUUCUGAGUUGAUGCAAGUGAACGUGCACCUGCAGGAAAAGCUGUAGUUUUCAAUUGCACCGAGAAGCUGAUACACGACAAGGAAACUGACACUAUCUAACAACACAUUUUUGAUACAUAAUUUUGUCAUUCGUAUUUGACUAUCUUUUUUAUCUCUACCGGCGACCGACAACGACAUAAUCUAUCACAAUAAAAAAUAUUUCAAAUGGGUGAUCCCGCUGCACUUUCUCCAGACGCGCUGAAGCGGCUUGGAGAGGAGCUUAUCCGAGCCGCUGGGGCGGCUUCAUCUGGACGGGAGCAGGACGGAGAGCUGCUGAAUAUUCUCGGACUUAACCGUGAAAAAGUACAAGAAGCGAGCGAGUAUGUCAAACGAAAAAGAGCUGCAAAGUCCGUCGAUAUCAAUUCGACGCACGGAAGCAAAUCUGCCGGAGAACCGGAAAGCAAGCGAGUGCAUGUCGGAGGCGGAAGUGGACAAGCAUCUGAACAAUUUAUCCAACGUCAGGAGGUUUUCACUGCAUCUGCUCAUGUGGUGAUUUCGUCGGCCUCUUCCAGCAGUAGCAGCAGCAGUAGUAAAUUGCCAGCACCAGCACCACCAGUGCUCUUCGUACCGCAUCCGCAAGCAGAUGCAGGAGAUCGCUACCCUGCGUCGGCAUCCUCCGCGCAAGCUCGAGAAUUUCCGAUUGGCGGAAGCGUUGAUAGCGGGAAAAACAGCAAGAUUUCACUCGACGCUGGACUAGCAGGGGAUGCGGUGUCUGCAAACGUCGCACACCAGCAGUCUCUUUUGCAGCCGGGGUGGUUGCUGAACAGAAACGCAGUAGACGAUGACGACGACGGGGCCAGCUCGGACAAUGAAGAGCCAGAAGACCUAGAGGCGAUAGACGGUGUCCUGAGACCCUUUAGCCCGAGUGGCAUCAAUGCGUUAGCACCGGAGAUUUUUGACGCGCCCGAGGAAGACGGAGACGACCGGGAUAGUUGGGAUGGCGAGGGGGGCGCCGCCGACCGGGACCAGAACUUGCCUGACAGCCCAAACGAAGUGGUGGACAGUGUUGGUGAGCAAGAGCUACUCAAUUUUUUCCGCGGCAGUGCCGACACGCACUACUGGGAGAAGAAGCGCAACAAAGACACCGUGAAGACGGUGCUGCAGGGCAAGGAAAACGCAAACGAAGUCAUUCAAGACCUGUUGCGCUACCAGGGUGCGUUUGAGGUCGGAGGCGGUGCGAAUGCCGCGUUGGAACCUCACCAGCGCGUCGCCGCAAAAAUCUUCGAGAAAGUCGAUAUGGAUCAGCUACUCGCUGCGAACGGCGGCGCACAGCAUUCACUACAAGGAGGAGUGCCUCCUGCGCCGAAUGUUGUGCCAGGUGGAAGGCAAGGGAAAAAAACCGUUGGCAAACGGGUGUUGCUUUACCACCGUACUGGUUCCGGAAAGUCGAAAUCGAUGCUGCAGCUCGUGAAUGAGAACUUUCACGCGGAGAAAAGCACGUGCGCCAAAAUCCUCAUUUUGAAAAAUCGGACCCAGAAGGUGAACUUACUCCGCGAAUUUCUCAAAUGGCCCAGCAAGCUGCGUGACUUCGCGAUGUGCGAGAUUCAGCGAACGGAGAAGCAGACCCUGAAAAAGAUUGUGGGCGAGAACGUGGACUGGAAAGAAAAACGCGGGGAAACGUGGGACACUGCUAUGACGGUUGACAAGGAGACGCUCGCGACGUUUGAAAAAAUUAUCGAGCUGCGGGGUCACGUCAUCCAGGGAAAAAUCAAGCCUGCGCAGAAAGAGGUGUUCGAGAAGAACAUGCGGAAAAUCUUAUUUUCGCACCUCGACCGGAACAACAGGGACGUCGAGCGGUUCCUCCCCGGAGCCCCCAUCCGUCUCUUCACGUAUUCGGAAUUGGCCCGGUCGCUCAAAACCGAAGCCGACGCUAGUGUUGACGCUGCGCUAAAAUUUCCUGUGACUUCGCCGAAUCCACUAUCGCAGAAGACGAUUAUAGUAGACGAGGCGCACAAUUUGUGUAUCAAUAGCGAGGUGCUCGCGAAAAACCCACGGAGUGCGAACGCGGUAAAGAAGGUAGUAGCGGCCUUGACUACGGCGAGCGCGGCGACGUCGAUCCUAUUUCUAACGGCGACGCCGGUCGUGAAAAAUCUCGCGGGGCAGUACGAUUCGAAAUUUCUCCUGAACGUGCUGAAGGGGGACGCCUUCAAGGCGGAGGGAAACGAGGGGUUUGUGAGCUUUUACAACGGAAGGAAAGGCUUUCCGCAGGUAAGUGUCUUUAGCGAGUUUUUGUUUUGUAUUGCGACGUCGUCGUCAGGUUCACCCCGUGUUUUGAUGAUGCACUGACUCCGUGUGCAGUUUUAUGCUCUUGCAAAUCCCAUGGCUACUUACCACGUUCUCACUCUGUUUCAGGUCAAGACCGAUCUCGAAGAAGACUACACGCUGUUUGGAAAGCCGGGCUGUCAGUCACAUGUAGUUGAAUCGACUCUCCAAGGGCGGGCGCUUGCGAAAUACGGCCAGAUGUGCCGAAAGCUGCAGCGGGAGCAUGGGAAAAAGCAACUCGACACUGAACGGCUGUUAAGGUGGUGUGCUGCUGAUAAACAACUUACAAAGUUGACACGGCGCGACGAGCUCGAGAGGUGCAAUCAAGCCAACUUGCUGGCAGACCGUUUUCCGAAGCUCCUAACGGUCUGCAACAUGGUGACGGGGCAGGUGAAAAAGGGCAAGGCCGCCAUUCUGGUAUCGCUACGGGGCGGACUGGAGAACUUAGUGCAGCUGCUGCGGCUGAAACUUCCCUACGAGCAUCGGGUCUUAGUGAUGCGGGACGCGCAGGACAAGGAUGAGGCACUGAGUAAAUUCAACAAGUACGUGCACAACGACGCCGGCGGCGACGACGACUUGAGCUACCCCGUGCUCGUUGCGAACAACAAAUACUGUGGGGAGUCCGUGACGAUGCUAGAGGUUAACCACCUUCAUUUGCUGGACGUUCCGCCGACGUGGUUGGAAUACCAACAACUCGUGGGACGAAGUUGCCGCUUCAAAUCUCACGCGCACCUGCCAGCGGAGAAGCAGUAUUGCCACUAUUUCCUCCAUACGGCAGUUUUGCCCUUUGGGAACAGUUCCGAAUGGAAACGGGUGCUGUAUUCGACGGUCUUGACGCUCAAGGAGCCUGGGUUCCAUUGUCACACCACCAGCAAGAUCGAGGAGGCGCGGGGAAAGUAUCUGCAGAUAGCGCAGGAAUGGGAAAAGAUUUUGCAGGACGAGGAGAACAUUACAUCGCGGGCACAGCUGGCGAAGAAGUCUCUUGCGGAGAAGCGCCGGAUUCUACAGGCCGCGGACACACUGUUCGACUCCGAAGACCUCGCACGCUUCGAAACGCACAUGGUUCCGGACACGAGGGCUAUCGAGAUAACACUGAGCAAGGAGGACCCGAGCCUGUUGAAGUUGUUGCAGAAAAGCGCGAAGAAAAAGGCGUUUGCCAGUCAGAUUUUCAAGGAGCUGAAGAGUGUCAAGGUGGAGCGGGACGCUGGGCGCGCGCGAGCAGUGUCCGGGGACGGUAUUCGUGUGAAUCAAAAUGCAGCCGACGCAUCAGGAGGCGCCGUGAAGGAGCCGAUUGAUGAAAUGACCACUCAGCUGCGCCGUGGCCUUGCGAAGACGGGGAGAGCGCCGUUUAGACUCGUCCGGCAUACGCACAAGAUCACGGCUUCCGGUCAGGAACACACUCUCAAAUUCCAGAAAAAGACGAUCCCCUUUCCAGCAAAAGGAAACGACUUGCUGCAGAACUUGAGUGCCGACAAGAGGCGCCUCAAGAAUCUUGGCGAAAACAUGGGCGAGGUCGAGACGAAAAUGGAGCAACUGAGGUGGCUGGCGGUUGACCGGGGGCAGUAUGCGGAUCUGUAGCGGUUUCGGCUUCGGGUGUUUUUCUUGAGAUGGGGCGGCGCCAGCGCAAAAGCAGGAGGAAAAGCACCACAGCACAAACAAGCAAAGUGCGACACUUACUUACACAGGAACGCGCUACCAGCGAAUCUGUGCGCGUCUGGAAAGACCGAUGAGCUAUGAGGAAUGUAAUUUGUAUUUGAAAGACCAGUAACCCUUAUCUGUAUCGGAAUCUGUUACGAGAGCUGCCACGUAUGUGUCUGG